AUGACGUUGUACUACAGUCUCGUCUUCGCCCUGCUCAUGUUUGAGAUGACAGUCUUCAUGUCACUCAUCAUCCCCCUGCCAUUCACCAUCAAACGCAAGCUCUUCACGUUCAUCAGCGAGAACCCAAUCAUCGCGAAGCUGCAAUACGGUUUGAAGAUCACCUUCAUCUUCAUCCUCAUUCUCUUCGUCGACAGCGUGAACCGAGUCUACCGCGUGCAGGUCGAGCUUGCACAGGCCAAGUAUCAGGGUGGAGCCGCUGGUGCUGUCGCCGGUACUGAGCGCAUGGAAGUCCAGGCCCGCAAAUUCUACYCGCAGCGCAACAUGUACCUCUGUGGCUUCACACUGUUCCUCUCGCUCAUCCUCAACCGCACAUAUGUCAUGAUUCUCGAUACUCUUCGCCUCGAGGAGAAGGUCAAGAACCUUAUGGGCAAGGAUACCGGCAAGACCAGUUCCGGCCUUGGGGAGGCUGGUGAGCUUGGAGAGAUCAGCCAGCUCAAGAAGGAACUCAAGAAGCGUGAUCAGGAUAUCGAAACCCUCAAGAAGCAGACCGAGGGACUGAACAGGGAAUACCAGCGCAUGGGCGACGCUGUCUCUCCUGCCGACGGUACUCCCAAGAAGAGCCGUUAA